ACUAUAAAAGAGUGGGAACCCCGCGCGGCGGCAGACUCGAAAACGACGACGAUAACCAAACAUGCAAACCUCUCGUCGGUAGUGGCCGCACGAAUGGACUCCUAACAAUCUUCGACCAGCCACCAAAAGUCGUCGGGCAAGCUCGUCUGACAGAAGUGACACUCGUGGACCGACCGCAUGACACUCUUUUUUCGCGUCGGCCCGCAUUUGAUGUGCUCGGGUUUCUCUCGACUCAGCGACCCGAAGAACUUAACACGAAGAAACACCACAUACCGGCAACCAACAGGAUGGCACGUGCUGAGACCGUGGAGAGUGUGGGAGAGGCUGCCGGAGAGAACCAGCAGCAGAACCACCAGGAACAACCCAUCCUGCCCACACCGCUGCCUUUGCCACCAGACCAGCCGAACGCCUUCUUGGGAGAACAGUCGGAGCGGCGGCAACGUCAGGAAGUGGCCCACCAGCGCUCUCCCCUGCCGGACCUGCUGCCUCAAGAUCAGCGGGCGUUUGGGGGUGGGUCGCAUCUCAGAAGCGAGGUUACGAUGGAGGCGGGGCACGUAGACACCCACGCCUUGGCCCAGCAGCUCCGGACUAUCGGGGAUCAAUUUAACGCCUCUGUACUGAGAGCGCACGAUGCUCCGCACUGGCAGGACUGGAUAGAUGUGCGCCAGGGCUUCCUCAACCUGGUGGCUCGCACCCUCAGCGCCCUCUACAGGCUAGCCUAGGCACAGUGCCGGCCGGGUUACUGCGGCAACCACUAGGCUGCUGCAAAAGGCGUAGGUGAGUCUGCUGGUCCGGACAGCAGACGAUACUUGCUGGCUUUUGUUUCUGCUGGUUUGGACCGAAGACGACACGUUUGUUUGUUUGUUUGUUUGUUUGUUUGUUUGUAUUUUUGUCAACUGUGAAAGUGGAUCCAAAUCCUUUGACAUUUGUCCACACCCAAUGCUAAAGCUAAUGGCUAGCCAGUUUCGUUUCAUGAGCUGUUUUGGGCAAAUUAGCUUUUUUACUUUUAUUUUCUAGCCCAGUCAUGAAAUGUUUUCACCGUGUGACGCAUCCAGUGCCUUUGUACUGACCACGCACACUGAUGAUUGACUGAUCACGCACACAUGCACACACACACACAUGCACUUUUAGUGCAGUGAAAAUGUUCACACAACACAAACACACACACAAAUACAUAAUUGGUCCUCCAUGACCUUUGAGAGUGUAAAUAUUUGUUACCGAUCCUAAACAAAAAUUGUGUUGCGCUGAUUGUUAUCAGCGCAAUAAAUAAAUCCAGUAGCGUAAUAAAUCCAGUGGAUUUGGGAGGUAUGUCACACAAAAAAAGAAAACAUUUGAGUCCCGAAAAAAGUAUUUCACCGCAUUUUGAAAUGAUUGUCUGAUAAGUAAUUUAUUUUUGCGGUAGCAUAUUUGUAGCUUUUUUUGUUGUUGUCUUGUUUUCUAAGGCUUUUCUUUAUUUAUUUUAUGUUCUGAACAUUCCUGCUGCGUGUUACAAAAUGGGAAGCUGUGACUCGUCAGCGAACUCAAAAAGUGACGAAAAGACAUAACUGCAGGAUUUGCCACUCAGAGAAAUCUUUAUCUACUUUCGAUCAAAGUGCACUUUUGACAUCCUGUUUUACUUUCAGCGUUUGUUUUACGUUGUUUACCAUGUUCACCACUUUGCAUUGGUACUUUUGCUGGGAAGUGGAACUCAUCCAGUUGAUUUUUUUUUUUACUGUUGUAAAGUUUCUACUGGAAUUUUCUACUUUGUUCUUUUAUAUAAUAAAGUUAGUUGAAUACA